CAGAUGUUUGCCGGACGAGAAUGAUCACAAUGAAGAAAUCUGGCGGCUGAUUUAAAUCUCUGUCGAAUAGGUGACCGUCAUUCGCAAUUAUUUCGCAUCGGUCGUUGGGUUCUUCGCCGAUUGCCAUAGUCAACAGUGAACAGUCUCUAACAUAAUUCAAUAGCUAACUUGCGUAUGUGUCUGGGCUCCUCCAACCAUCUACCUAGAUUUAAAAAAGUUUAAAUGUUUGUACGUUGUAUCACCGUUGCCGUACCGGUACCGGACUACCGGUAAAACAAAAAGAAGUUCAAUACUCAUCGUCAUCAGUCAUCCUCAUGCAUUUGCAUGGUUGAACUAGUAUAGGUACUUAUUAGGUAGUUCAAGUUUUCAACCAUGUUCAAUAAUAAUGAUAGCUAAGUGAUAACACAUUGAAAUAUAUCUGGUCUAUUCAUUUUAUUGUAGGCACAGGCCCGCACAGCAGCAGCAGCACAGCUGUUUUUACUUUCUUGUCAACUGUCAAGUACUCAAGUUGUCACACAAAACAGAAUUCUCCUGUGAGUCCUGUCAUAAUUUACUAACAUGACAUCAUUCCUGGGCAAAAGGAUCAGGAAAGUGGUCAACUAUGCUGCUCUUGAUCAAGAUACAGACAUCAGUGAUGAGGAUGAGUUCUCUGGGUUUGUUGUAAGAGGCUGUUACAACCUGGACAAAGAGAGCCCUGCAAGCCUCAAGAAUGACAACAAGACGUCUGUCUGCUUUACAAACAAGCUGAAGAAGAUGAGCCGGAACAUUGACUCGGCUAGUGAUUAUGAAGUCGCAUCAAGCGAUGGAGACGCGCUCGAGAGCUCGUCGGGAUCUACAGCUGGGCGGUUGUCGGUGCGGGACAGGCUGUUUGAGCGCGACUUGGCGGCAGCCGUGGAGAUGUCCAGUAAGCCGGCGCUUAUUUCCGACUACAAUGCAGACAAGAGCCAAGCUUAUUCCGCCCCACAUGGUGACGAUGAAACUAAAGCUAGCCACGUCGGUGCUUCAUCACCGUAUAAAAUAAGGGAGACCAGCAAACAGAAAUCUGGUGUAAAUGAAAGUAAUGAACAGCCUAGUGCACAAUCGCUUGAUCCAAUUGUCGGAGAAUCUGUGAAAGGUGAUGCCGCAACAAAUAAAGAGCAGAGUGAAGUUUCAGCUACGCCUGAAAACAACAUCACCAGGAAAAGUGUCCCAAAAAAGCCGACGGUUGGCAUCUCUGUGAGCUCCGACGAUCAUUUUAGCCCUGCAGCCACAAAGAAGAGUAACAAGAAAAGUUCCGCGACAGCGAGAAGCAGCCACAAGAGAGGGGUGGAGGCGCUAAAUGGAGAGGUCCAAGCUUCAGCACCCACCAGGAGCAAGAGGGCUUGCAGAAGGGAAACCUUCAAACCAGACAUCGAUAGUGAAUCAGAGGACUCAUGGGCCGAAUCAAGCGAGGACGACGCCAACUGUUCAGAUCCCAGCGAUUUUGAAGAAAGUCCCAAGAGUAAGAAGCGAAACAGCGUUGCUAGAAUACAAAAUCCUAAGGAAUUGGUAAAAUCUUCUGAAAAUACCGUAAAUAACAAUACUAAUUCUAACAUUGUAGCAAAAUCGACAAAAAAUCCAGAUCAUGUUCAAGCGACGUCAAGCAGCCCACGUACUCAACAUUUUCCGAUAUCAAAAAAUCAGGAUGUUUCCAGCACUGUGAACUGUGACUCCAGAACUAAACCUUCUAAAAUAGCUUCUUUUAAGGCGUCCCGUGUUUCUGUUCCUACUAAACUUUGUGAUGCUAAUGAAAAGUCAUCAGUACGAGAAGAUGUCAUCGAGUCUUGUCCUGCCAGCAGAAAUAAUAGUUCAGUUGUUGCUGCAUCCUCCAGAAAUUUACCAUUUCGAAGUAGCUCGUCUCCCAAACUUGGCCUCGCACGAGCUCCCUUCAGAAGCCCCGCCAUUGCUUCAAAAAAUACCCCUACAAAUAAUUUAUCAGUGAACUCCACACCCGGCCUCGGACUGCGGCUGGGGCUAUCAAGACGCACCUCCCUCAAGUCACUACAUCCUAAUGCAACUAUCAAGUGAUCAAUGGGCAUUUAGUUACUGUGUUUAUUAUUGUUAUAGAAAGCGUUCCUGUAAUCUGACUUUUACUUGACUUCUCUGCGAGAUAGUCGACAUUUUUUUCAUUUGUGAGAGAAAACUGACUUAUUACGAUUAUCUUGUUUUCCUGAAAAUAAAGGCCGAUGACUUCGUUA